AUGAGAAUCAAAGGAAGAAAAGAGCUCUUAAGCCAAGGAGAUGAGCAAGCAAAAAAGAUUAAUUAAAAAUUAGAUAUUUUAGAGAAUGGUCGACACGAAAACAGCGCCCACGGAAUUCAAAAGCCUGCAUGGUUGGAUGCCCUUUACACGCAGAAGUUCUUCGUGGCCUGCUCUUUCCAUGAAAGUGCUAAAAAGAACGAAAAGAACAUUUGUUGCAUGGAUUGUUGCGCAAGUAUUUGCCCUCACUGUUUGCCCUCGCAUCGCUUUCAUAGGCUUCUUCAAGUUCGUCGAUACGUAUACCAUGAUGUUGUCCGAUUGGAGGAUCUUCAAAAACUCAUAGACUGCUCUAACGUUCAGGCAUACACUAUAAAUAGUGCAAAAGUUGUGUUUAUCAAGAAGAGACCUCAGAACAGGCAAUUCAAGGGGUCUGGCAACUAUUGCACUUCUUGUGAUAGAAGUCUCCAAGAACCUUAUAUCCACUGCUCUCUCGGCUGCAAGGUGGACUAUGUGCUCAAGCACAUGAAAGACCUUUCUCCUUACUUAAGGACAUGCAAUUCCCUACAACUUAGUCCUGACUUCUUGGUUCCACAAGAAAUGGGAGACGACGAGAUGACCAACGAGACCCCUCACUCGACGAUAGUCGACAGCGACGAGCCUAUGAGCCCGUCGUCUGGUUCGUCGGGUUCGGAUAACAUGAUGGCUUGUACUGAGAUUGUCCGAAAGAAGAGAAGUGGGCUUAAUUAUGUAUGUGCAAGAUCGGCUAGUAAUUAUAAGGUUUCUGAUGAGGACAUUGCCACAAGCAUGAUUAGUAGAAGAAAAGGGAUUCCUCAUAGAUCACCCCUAUGCUAG